AUGCAAACUCUUGUGGGAACACAAAAAGGCUCAAUCUAUCAUCUAGAAAUCAACAGACCAAAAUCAUUAAAUUCCAUGUCCUCCCAACUUUUCCAAGAUUUCAAAGCAGCAGUCGAUCUCAUUAAUAAAGCUGACGAUGUUCGAGUUGUCGUCUUGACAGGCAGAGGCAAUCACUUCUGCGCUGGCUUGGAUCUUAAGGAAGCUCCUUUAAUGUUUUAAUUCCAUGAAGACAUGGAUCAAGCAAGAAAAUCAAUCAGAAUCUACGACCUCCUCAAAGACUGGUAAUUGGCCAUGACAUCCUUAUCAAGAAUCAAGGUUCCAGUCAUUGUUGGAAUCUAAGGCUAUUGCUUAGGCGGAGGAGUCGACCUCAUCACCUCUGCUGACAUCAGAUACUGCUCUGAAGAUGCUAAAUUCUCCAUUAAAGAAAUCGAUCUUGCCAUGGCUCCUGACAUAGGCACCUUACAAAGAUUAGGCUUGUAGAAUGCUAACACUUCGCUCUUCAGAGAACUAGCUUACACAGGAAGAGUCUUUAGUGCUCAAGAAGCUCUCAAAUUGGGAUUAGUCAGCAAGAUCGUAAAGAAUGAAAAUUUGAAUGAAGAAAUAUUCAAAUUAGCAGAAUUGAUCGCCACAAAAUCCCCAGUUGGCUGCUAUACAAUCAAAAGCAUAUUUACAAGAGAACAAAACCUAGAUUAACAUUUAGAUGUCAUGGCUAGAACCAAUAUGGCAAUGCUCUUUACAAAUGAUAUUCCUAUUGCAAUUACAUCUUCCAUGACUAAAACCAAGCCAGAGUACCCUAAAUUGUGAGCAUAAUCAUAUAUAUAAAUUUAAAUACAAACUAUUUCAUCAGAAAA